AUGGGAUCUGGUACCAUUGUUGUGGUAAAGCCCGCAAUUGUUCGACUCGUUCUUGCAAUUGCAACACAACAAAGUUGGCCUAUCCAUCAACUUGAUAUCAAUAAUGCCUUCCUACAAGGUCGUCUUGACGAGGAGGUCUAUAUGCAUCAACCACCUGGUUUUGAAGCUUCUACACAUCCUACACAUGUUUGCAAGCUGCACAAUGCUAUAUGGCCUCAAAAAAGCUCCAAGGGCCUGGAAGUUAAUAUACACAAUUUCAAGGGUGUUCCAACGCCAAUGGAUUCUACUGCUGUUUUCCUAGAAUCUGCUGAAGAUUCUCUAGUAGAUGGCUCUCUUUAUAGGCGGAUAAUUGGUAAACUUCAUUAUCUUUCCUUUACAUGUUUGGACAUUGCAUUUUCUAUUAGCAAACUCUCACAGUCCAAGCACCAACCAUUAAUAUCUCAUUGGACAGCCAUGAAGCGUCUCCUUCGGUAUCUUCACCAGACAUCUUCGUUUGGUCUUCGAAUUGCUAAAGAACGUGAUCAUCGUCUUCUAGCCUACUCGUAUUCUGACUGGGCUGGAGAUCCUCUUGAUCAAACCUCCACUACAGGUUAUGUUGUUUACCUUGGCAGAUCUCCGAUAUCAUGGUCCUCUAAGAAGCAAAGAUCUGUUUCCCAUUCCUAG